CCGUGUCGUUCCUGAUAACAUUGGUAGUAAAUACUAAAUUUAUUGAUCCGAAAAUACUAGUAUUGGUGCGCAGCAGAUGAUUCUGGACUUUGGUAUAGUUGUUUUUGCGAUUUUUUUUCCGUUUUCUCUUUUUUUUUUUACCCGUUUCGGUCAUCCACUGACGUCCAGAAACGUUUCCGCACUUCCAACCGCGGGGCCGCACUCCGCGACUUCCGACGGUGUCUCCGCGGGAUAUGCGGCGGUGAGUGACGGCGUUACGUCGUCGUCAGACGUCUUCUCGCCGGUACGAGUGGUUAAGCUUGUAAGCAAAUUCAUAGAAUAGUAUUCCAUGAUGGACAAUAUGGACGACCCCUCUCAAGGAGCAGAUAUCUGCAGAGUGUGCCGAUCGGAAGGCAUGCCAGAACGGCCAUUGUUUCAUCCUUGUAUUUGUACAGGCAGCAUUAAGUACAUUCAUCAAGAGUGCUUGGUACAAUGGAUGCGUUACAGUCGCAAAGAGUAUUGUGAGCUUUGUAGCUAUCGAUUUUCCUUCACACCAAUCUAUGCCCCAGACAUGCCUAGACGAUUACCUAUUAAAGAUGUUGCUGCUGGUAUCACUUCAAGUGUUUUGACUGGCAUAAAAUAUUGGUUGCAUUUUACAUUGGUUGGACUGGCUUGGCUAUGCGUUGUACCUUUUACAGCCUGUAGGAUUUACCGAAGCCUGUUUAAUGGCUCUUUUGAUGCUGUAAUGUCAUUGCCUCUUGAUAUGUGGUCAUCAAAGAACAUUUCUGGUGAUAUAUUUCAUGGCUGUUUUGUUGUGACUUGCACAUUGUUUGCAUUUAUUGGAUUAAUUUGGCUACGUGAACAAAUAUUGCAUGGUGGUGGUCCAGAUUGGUUAGAAAGAGAUGAACCAAAUAAUCAACAACAACUUAAUGUGCUCCUGCCUCCCAUUCCUGAAGAAAAUCCUGUAGAAGAGGCUGAUGGAGAAGUUCGCCAAGAAAAUGGAAAUCAAGUAGAUGAAGGACAUUGGAAUCCAAUAGAUUGGGGUGAUCGAGCUGCUGAAGAUUUGACUUGGGAACGACUUUUGGGAUUAGAUGGUUCAUUGGUGUUUUUAGAACACGUGUUUUGGGUGGUGUCUAUGAAUGCAUUAUUUAUAUUGGUGUUUGCAUUUUGUCCUUAUCAAAUGGGUAAUCUGGCAAUUACUGCAAUGGCUUUACAAGAUAAGGUAGCUGCUUCACAUUUUGAAGGUUUGGUCACCACACUAUGCGGAUACUGUCUCAUUGGUAUGUGUCUGUUGAUCAUGCACACCUUUGCGACUAUUAUUGGAUUUAGACGAUCCAAACGUAUAAUUGGACUUAGCUAUAUUGUUGUAAAAGUGUCCCUGUUAUCAGUUGUUGAAAUUGGUGUACUGCCUUUGGUAUGCGGUUGGUGGUUGGACAUAUGUUCAUUGUCAAUGUUUGACACAAGUUUCAAAGAUAGGCUAGCAAGUUUCCGUUUGGCUCCUGGUACAUCCAUGUUCAUCCAUUGGCUUGUUGGAAUGGUGUAUGUGUAUUACUUUGCUUCAUUUGUACUGCUCCUCCGAGAAGUUGUCCGACCUGGUGUAUUAUGGUUCUUGCGAAAUCUAAACGAUCCAGAUUUUAGUCCUAUACAAGAACUAAUACAACAAGGCAUGUUGCAACAUGGGCGAAGGCUCAUUGCGUCAGCUAUGAUAUUUGGUACAGCUGUCUUUCUUGUUGUUUGGCUGCCAAUACGAAUUCUGAAAUUUAUUUGGCCAUCAUUUUUGCCAUAUAAUGUAACUUUACACAGCGAUUCCGUUAAUGAACUGUCCAUGGAGCUAUUACUUCUACAGGUUGUGUUACCAGCUCUACUGGAACAAACACAUACUCGCAAUUGGCUGAAAAUGGGCAUUCGUUUCUGGUGUCUUAUUGUCUCACAUUUGCUUGGAAUAAAAUCAUAUCUACUUGGUGAUGGAGAAGAAUUACCUCCGGUUGUGGCACCCAUACAUCCACCUGCAGCUGAUUUAGGAGCAGCUCACGAGGGGUUGUUAAGACGUGGCGGGCCUGUUGGUUUUCGACCUUACACUCGACCCACUAAUUUUGCUAUACGUCUGAUUGCUUUACUCGUCCUAGUGGCUCUAUCUGUAGUCGUCAUCAGUUUGUCGAUCAUAACCAUACCCGUAUGGUUGGGUCGUUUGGCCAUGUCAUUUUGGCCGGCACUACUGCCUUCUGCCCCAGAACCAUCACAGUUGCCUAACAUUCAUGAACUGUAUACUGCAGCAUGUGGCACAUAUAUAUGUUGGCUGUCAGUGCGAGCUGUUUGUUUUAUAGCAGGAUGGCUGCCAGAAGGACGUACCGUCGUCAUCAAUCGAUUAAAGUUUUGGCUUAAGAUUAGUUCAAAAGCAAUGGUUGCUUUUAUCGUACUGCUCGGUAUAAUACCAUUUCUGUUUGGUCUACUCUUAGAGCUUGUUAUGGUAGUGCCGUUCCGAGUUCCCUUACACCAAACACCUGUACUCUGGGCAUGGCAAGACUGGGCACUGGGGGUUUUAUACAUGAAAAUUGCAUGCGCCAUCACCCUUAUGGGACCAGAUUGGUCUCUGAGGCGAGCCAUAGAACGUACGUACAGAGAUGGUUUCAUGCGUUUGGACCUCAAGUUGAUGAUGCAAGACCUAGCCAUACCUGUGAUUGCCGUUCUCAGUUUGUUCCUAGCUGUACCGUAUGUGAUUGCAUACUCUGUAAUUCCAUUAAUCGUUAAUAAUCAUAGCACACGAUUGCUGAUAGCUAGGAGAAUAUAUCCAGCACUCAUGCUCACGAUGGCCAUUGCUAAAGGAAUGAUGAUGCAAGUGCGUCAAUUUAAAAGACUCUACGAACACAUUAAAAAUGAUAAAUAUUUAGUCGGUAGAAGACUUGUAAAUUAUAACCAUACAAGUUCGGUUUCGGGUCAAAAUUAGAAAACUAUAA